CCUUUUGCUGUGUUCCAGCCGAUCAUAAUAAUUCCAUGCCUGCUACUCCCUCCUCCUCUGCCGUCCUGGGAUCGGAUUCCUCCAAGCCGAUACAUAUCAACAAUAACAACAACCACGAUCAUAACCACCACGUUGCUUUCAAUACGGUGUCCGAUGCUGCACGGCAACCGACGAUGAGGUUGUCUGGUGGAGAUCAGAGAGAUGUCAAGAUCAAUGAUAUCGUAGGGAAUGGGAUAUCAGGAGUUCUGCAUAAGUGGGUUAAUUAUGGUAAAGGCUGGCGGCCAAGAUGGUUUGURUUACAAGACGGCGUGCUUUCCUACUAUAAGAUUCAUGGACCUGAUAAGAUUGUGGUUAGUAAAGAGACUGAGAAAGGGUCAAGGGUCAUCGGCGAUGAGUCUUUCCGCCGUUUGUCUCGUCACCGUAAUUCCGUCCUUAAUAUUACCAACUCUCAUCGUCCCCACCGCAAGCCCGUCGGUGAAGUCCAUCUCAAGGUCAAUUCAGUUACCCUUCUGAAAAAUUUCAUUACAUUUCAGUGAUCACCCAUCAUCACAAAUCUAUCGAUCGCAACCUAUCUUUGCGAUUUGCUUUGACGCCUAGCGGUUUUCCUUGAUUAAAGAAAACAAAGCCUAUUGUUUCUAUGUAAUUUGGGACGUGAUGCUGUUUUUGAGUUGGGCUUUGGUGGCAAUUUCAAUUCUCUGACCAUACAUUGUAGAUUUAUGUAAAAGCUUCUAUGUCGGAGCAAUCUGCCUGUUCUGAUUUCUGUUGGUCGGACUUUCUUGAACUUGUUUUCUUUAUUUUCUACUUGAUCUAUCUACAAGAAUUUUGUGAAUUCCCUCUUUGCUUUUGUAUUUGGAUUCAGUAUUCAUUCUACAUCAGCUUGAAGGAGGUCAAAAACCUCUUUCAACUUCACAGUUCCACUGAUGUUUUUAUUCUCUAUGGUGAGAACUUGUUGGUUGAAACUGUUCUUUUAAAUAUCUAUGAAUAUCUGUUUGUCUAUGGUCCUGCAAGUCAAAUUUGCGAUAUAAACAUGCAAGGGGGAUUCAUAUUGUGCAUUCACUCUGUGGUUUCAUCCAUUCGUGAAAGUAGAUCAGAUGAUAAAAGAUUUUCCAUUUUUACGGGAACAAAAAGGCUGCAUUUGAGGGCAGACACUAGGGAUGAUCGAAUUGCAUGGAUGGAAGCUUUGCAGGCUGUGAAGGGCAUGUUCCCUCGAAUGUCUAACAAUGAAUUAAUGGCUCCUGUAGGCGGCAUUUCAGUGUCAACAGAAAAGUUAAGGCAAAGGUUACUGGAAGAAGGUGUAAGUGAGGCAGCCAUCCAGGACAGCGAACAUAUUAUGAGGAGCGAGUUUUCAGCAAUGCAAGAUCAAUUAGUGCUUCUUAAGCAGAAGCACCUGCUUCUCAUGGAUACACUGCGAAUGCUAGAGACAGAAAAGGUUGAUCUCGAGAACACAGUAGUAGAUGAGAGCCAAAGGCAGUCAAAGGAGGUUGGGGCAACUUCGAGACUAAAGCAAGAGAAAUACAGUGAAGCAAGUGCAAGUGAAUCUGAAGAUGAUAAUGAUAGAGGAGAUGCUGCAGAAGAAGAGACUGAUGACGAAGACAAUGCAUUCUUUGACACUCGGGACUUCCUGUCAUCUGGUUCUUUUCGAAGUACCGGGUCCGACAUGCGAUCAUCUUCUUUUUCAUCUGAUGACGAAGACCUUCAAGUUAAUGAAUCAGAUAUUGAUGCUUCCAUUAGAUCAGUUGGUACUAACUUCCCUCGUGUUAAGCGGCGGAAGAAGUUGCCUGAUCCUAUUGAAAAGGAGAAGGGGGUAAGUCUUUGGUCAAUGAUCAAAGACAACAUUGGAAAAGAUCUUACCAAAGUGUGUCUUCCUGUAUACUUCAAUGAACCUCUAUCCUCUCUGCAAAAAUGUUUUGAAGAUUUGGAGUACUCUUAUCUUCUUGACCGGGCAUAUGAAUGGGGCAAAAGGGGUAACAGCCUUAUGCGGAUUUUGAAUGUGGCUGCAUUUGCUGUAUCUGGAUAUGCUUCUACUGAAGGAAGAAACUGCAAACCAUUUAAUCCAUUAUUAGGGGAGACGUAUGAAGCAGACUAUCCAGAUAAAGGGCUUCGGUUUUUUUCUGAGAAGGUUAGUCAUCACCCAAUGAUUGUAGCAUGUCAUUGUGAGGGUACAGGAUGGAAAUUUUGGGGAGAUAGCAACCUGAAAAGCAAAUUCUGGGGUCGUUCAAUUCAGCUUGACCCUGUUGGGGUUUUAACUCUGCAAUUUGAUGAUGGAGAAAUUUUUCAGUGGAGUAAGGUAACAACAUCCAUAUACAACCUUAUUUUGGGCAAGCUAUAUUGUGACCACUAUGGCACUAUGCGUAUCCAAGGGAACCGCAGUUAUUCCUGUAAGCUGAAAUUCAAGGAACAGUCUAUCAUAGAGCGUAACCCGCAUCAGGUACAAGGCGUUGUUCAAGAUCAUGCUGGAAAGACUCUGGCAACUUUAAUUGGUAAAUGGGAUGAGAGCAUGCAUUAUGUGAAUGGAGACUGUUCUGGAAAGGGAAAAGGUGACCCGUAUUCGGAUGCUCAUUUGCUCUGGAAAAGGAGCAAGCCUCCAAUGGUUCCCACAAGAUAUAAUUUAACGCGUUUUGCUAUUACCUUGAAUGAGCUUACCCCUGGACUAAAGGAGAAGCUUCCACCAACUGAUUCACGGCUAAGGCCAGAUCAAAGGUGUUUAGAGAGUGGGGAAUAUGAAAUGGCCAAUUCCGAGAAGCUAAGACUAGAGCAGCGUCAGCGACAGGCUCGGAAAAUGCAAGAGAGGGGGUGGAAGCCACAGUGGUUUGCAAAGGAUAAAGGAAGUGAUAGUUUUGUUUAUACAGGGGGUUAUUGGGAGGCCAGAGAAGAAGCCAAGUGGGAUUCCUGUCCAGACAUUUUUGGACAGUUUUCUUCUUCAGAUCAGACGUUAGAUUAAGAGCAACAAUUUUCAAGAUAUUAUUUAUUCAUAGGUCUUGCUUCCUUCUUUUAGAGUAUCUUGUGUUUUCUGUACUCUUUUUACCUUGUGUAUUUUUGGUUGCUUUUAUUUGGUCCUGUAGUUACCUCCAUGCGGCCCCUCAUUCAUGGUCCUUUUUAUUUCUUAUACAUACGUACAUACUCCAUUUGA